UCACAGAAGCGCGUGUACGUGUUAAACAGGGCAGGUCUAUCUAGAAGUCCAGCAGGAACUACAGAUUCUGACAGGAGGCUCUCUAACUCACUGGAAGACAACGAGUGGUCUGCGUGUGGUCACAACAAGCGUGUCUCACUUGAAUCGAUUGGAUUAUCGACACAAACGCAACAAUCUGCAUGAACAUUAACUUCAGAAGUGUGGCGCUGCAAACUUUAAGACGUUGAUCUCACGAGGAAGUUUCAGUCUUCGCGAGCUUUUCGCGCGACUCUUUCUGCGCACGCUUCUAAAAUGUUUUAAUAUCAAGACAUUACUGAUCUAGUAUCAACUGUAUAUAAUAUGAGUUUGAACCAAACCGCGCUAGGUGCACAAGGAGAACAGUUUGAUUCCGAUCGGACAACAGAAAUGCUGCCACGCAGUCGUGUUUGAGUGGAGGUUUAAGGACUGCCCCUCUAUGGCUACACACACAUUCAGUGUUUAUUAUUGACAGCUACGGCUACUAAGACUUGAGUACUCUCAAAUUGUCUACACUACAGCAAAUAUGAACAUUGUGACAGGUUUGAUAUGGUAAAAUGAAGUUUCUGAAGUAUUUGAGGGGAAGUGGAAGGGUCCUGGCAUUUGUGUUCAUUGCCUCUGUACUCUGGAUCCUCUUUGAUAUUGCAGCACUGAGGAUAUCCUUCAAUGAUGUGAAUCAAGAUCUCAAAGAGAGAAAGUUUGCACCAAAGCAGGAAAGAAACAGAGACAAUGUAAAGGAUGUAGGGCUUAAAGAUCCCCAGCAAGUAGUAAACAUGGGCAAAGGGGCAUUUUUUAAAAAGGGCAAUAGGUUUGAAAAAAACGUUAAUGAUGUGUACAGAAAGUUGCCAAAGGCAAGGCAAGAAACCAAAACUCUGUUACAAGAAGACAACCAUUUGGAUUCAAAGUUUAAUGUUGGCAAAGCUUUAGUGGCAAUUAAUCAAAGCAAUGUGCAUUUAACCAUGAAAUCAGUUGUGAGAGAAACAGUUGUCAUCAUCCCUGAAAAAAGCAAUAAAACAAAAACUGUGAUUGAUUUCAAAGCGAACAAUGUAGCCGAAAUCAACGCUGCUGUUAAUGGAAAAAAUAAAAAGCCUUUAUAUGUUAAACCACAUGCAGUUAAUGAAAAGCAGCUUGCUGUUGAGAAGGAAAAGCAAGGUUCGUCGGUCAAAGAAAAAAAUGUGAAGACGGUGCAUGAUAGUAAUGACCUACUAGUUAUGUCACACGAUGAUUUUGGUGUGCAUAAGAACCUCAGCAAUAAUUUGUUGAAACCUGUGAAUGAUAAACGCAUAAUUAACAAUGCUGAGAAGCAUGCUUCCAACAAAACUAAAACACGUUCUAUUCAAAAACCAAGUGAGCUAAAGCUUCAAGCUCAAGCAGAGGAAUCAGUAAUCCUGCUGAACUCUACAGAUGUGAGGAGAAGAAGGUCAGGUGGGCUUCACAAGAUCAUGGCCCUUGAUGUGACCGACAUCCCCAGAGACCCACAGGCCGUUGGUCAGUUUGGACAGCCUGCAAAUGUCCCCAGAGAUAAAGAACUGGAGAGCCGAAAACGCUGGAAUGAAGGAUAUUUUAAUGUGUUCCUUAGUGAGCAGAUACCAAUAGACAGAGCCAUCCCCGACACCAGACCGCAAUCAUGCUCAGAGAGCCUGGUUCACGAUGACCUUCCCUCUACCAGUGUGAUCUUCUGCUUUGUGGAUGAGGUUUGGUCCACUCUGCUCCGUUCGGUACACAGUGUGCUCAACAGGUCUCCUCCACACCUGCUGAAGGAAAUCAUUUUGGUGGACGACUGCAGCACCAAAGACUACCUGAAGGAGCAGCUGGAUGUGUAUAUGUCUCAGUUUCCUAAGGUACGAAUCAUCCAUCUAAAAGAGAGACAAGGCCUUAUCCGUGCCAGGAUGGUUGGAGCUGCUGCUGCAACAGGUGAAGUCUUGACAUUUCUGGACUCUCACAUUGAGUGUAAUGUAGGGUGGCUGGAGCCACUGUUGGAAAGAGUUUACCUGGACCACAAAAAAGUGGUCUGUCCUGUUAUUGAGGUCAUCAGUGAUAAGGACAUGAGUUAUAUGCUGGUUGAUAAUUACCAAAGAGGCAUUUUUAAAUGGCCACUGGUGUUUGUAUGGGGCGGUCUGCCAGAUGAGUAUAUCAGAAAGAACCAGUUGAAGGAAUCAGAUCCCAUCAGGUGUCCUGUUAUGGCGGGUGGUCUUUUCUCUAUAGAUAAGGCAUAUUUUUAUGAGCUGGGGGCAUAUGACCCAGGCUUAGAUGUUUGGGGAGGUGAAAACAUGGAAAUCUCUUUCAAGAUCUGGAUGUGUGGUGGCGAGAUCGAGAUUAUCCCUUGCUCCCGUGUGGGCCACAUCUUUCGUGGUGAUAACCCUUACAAGUUCCCUAAAGACCGGGUAAGGACGGUUGAAAGAAACUUGGCUAGGGUAGCGGAGGUGUGGCUGGAUGAAUAUAAAGAGAUCUUCUACGGUCAUGGCUACCACCACCUGCUGGACAAGAGCAAAACUGAUAUAGGAAAUUUGACAGAACAGAUUCAACUGAGAGAAAAACUCCAGUGUAAGAGCUUUAAAUGGUACUUGGAGAAUGUCUUCCCAGAUCUGGAUGCUCCUCUGGUCAAAGCUGAUGGGCUGAUUUUUAAUGUUGGGACAAGAAAAUGUUUAAUCUUUCAAAACGGUACUCUGUCUUUUGUUAAGUGUGACCUAACAAACAAGAGUCAGCACUUCAGCUACACCUGGUUAAGGAUGCUUCGACAAAACACUUCCUGUAUGGCUCCCCAAAAAAUGCAUGUGACCAUGGAACCAUGUGACAACACUAAGCCAGACCUCCGCUGGAUACACAAGUCUGAUAAAGAUUUUACAGAGCAUCUGAUGAUGGAGGUUCAUUCUCGACCCAUCUGUCUGGAGGCUGGAGUUAACGGUCAUGGCAUCCUUCUGAAGAAAUGUGAUCCCAUCAAUCCUUUCCAAAAAUGGCAGUUUACACACUACUAUGCCCAGUGAAUUACAUGAACAUCAUAUACAACUUCACCACCACUCGUCAUCUGUCCACAGACUCAUAGGUUUUGUGUGUGUGCGUGCGUGUGUGUGUGUGUGUGUGUGUGUGUGUGUGUGUUUUUGUUGUAGGAUUUUUAAAUACUUUGUUGUUUUGCUAUGUAAAAUAUAAGCUGUGUGUGUAAUUGUGGUAUACAUUUGGUACAUUUGGGGUUCAGAACAUCAUGGAUUCAGGUCUGUCUUGGGUAAAACAGGUUUUUUUAUUUUGGGGUUUUGGUGAGUUGGAGUUUUGGAUAUGGAUAUCUUAUUUUUAAAAAAGUUUUGCACAUCAAAACAUGCAUAUUAAAGUACCCUUAAAGAAGGUUUGGACUUUUAAUGAAUUAAAUGUAUUAUUGUUUUAAAUAAUAUUUAAGUGAGGCUGUCAGUUUAAAAGCAUAAAAUAAGUUUUUUGAUUUGUGAGUAAACUUUCCCUUUAACAAAAUGAA